AUGAAACGCGCCGAAGCUGGUGCUACUCCGGGACAAGUCCCAUCCUAUGGAUCAGGGUUUCAAACUCCCAGCUAUAUGCACAAUCCAUUACGAUCCUACCAACAGAAGUCCGUCGUUGAGGCUUACGUCCUUCAUUUCACCUUAGGAUUAUUGGGCGCCCAUCAUUUUUACCUAAACAGACCCGGAUGGGGAAUCCUUUAUUUCUUUACCUUUGGAUUAUUAGGGGCUGGUUACGUAAUAGAUUUGUUCCGUAUACCAUCUCUAGUGAAGAACGCCAACGAACGAAUUCAGGACCCAAGUAAGGACGGAAGACUUCGUGUCGAUGAUGCCUAUGUCCUCUGGUUUCCCUUUGGACUUCUAGGAUUUCAUCAUUUCUACCUGAGGAACUAUUCACUCGGAAUAUUUUACUUUUUUUCGCUGGGUAUAUUUGGAAUUGGCUGGAUCAUCGAUAUUUGUUUAAUACCAAAGUAUGUUAAGGAAGGCAACGCCACUACAUUUGACCAUGGGGAAAGGUCAACUUGUAAGGCAAUGAUUUUCGCUAUUUCUCCUCUUGGAGUCUUCGGGGUUCAACAUUUCUACUUAAAACGAUAUCUUUUCGGAUUUUGUUAUUUCUUUACCUUUGGUCUUUUGGGAAUUGGUUAUAUCGUCGACUGGUUCCGAAUGCCAACUCUCGUGAAACGUUACAACGAGAAACGGAAGUCAACCGACAUCAGAGCAAAACGUUAUGUUGACGAUGCAUAUCUUCUAUGGUUUCCGUUUGGUAUUCUCGGAUUUCAUCAUUUCUACUUAAACCGUCCAGUAUGGGGAUUUCUUUAUCUUUUUACCUUCGGACUCCUCGGCAUUGGUUGGGUCAUAGACAUGUGCAGAAUCCCAGGUCUUGUGAAGGAUUUCAACAAGAUCAGCGAGGAACGUCAAAGUAUCAGAACGAUUCACGGGCCGCAUGGGGCGCCAAUUCUAAUAGGAGCUGGCCAACAAGGCCCGUAUGUCGAGACUAAUGUGGGACCAACCACAGUGAGACUUAAUCUUGAGGAUCCUACAGCAGCGCCCUCUGGUGGAGCAGUUGCGUCCCCUGGAUACUACGCUGCAGGCGGCUACCAGAGCGCUGCAACAUACUCCGCACAACAGGGAUACCCUCCACAGCAAGGAUAUCCCUCGCAACAAGGGUAUUCCCAACAGCAGGGAUAUCCCCAACAGCAAGGGUAUCCCCAGCAACAAGGGUAUCCCCAGCAACAAGGGUAUCCCCAGCAACAAGGGUAUCCUCAGCAACAAGGAUUUCAUCAGCAGCCAGUAUACACGCCAUCACAACAGCCACGAAUUUCAACAGAUUAUGGUGCUCCCUUGGAAAACCCUCCUCCAUACACUGAGACCAAUAGUGAAGCUCCACCAUUGCCGAAAAAGGAUUGA